AUGUCAAAUCGAAGGUCUCGAUCUCGAAUCCCGGGUUCACGCUUUAAUCCGACCGAGUUGGAGCUCAUCAACUACCUUCGCCGGAGAAUCGAGAGAAAUAAAAAGUCUAGUUACAUAACCGAUAUGAAUGUGUACGAGAAAGAACCGUGGCUUCUUCAACACGUAACACACCCUAAAUUCAAGAAGAACGUAUGGAUUUACUUUGUCACUAGGAAAAAACCACCGAGGAUUAAAAAACUUGACUCGAAAAGAACGAGUCGGGUCGUUGGAUCGUGUAGAUGGAAGACCACGGGUCUUUUGACUUACUUAAACGAUGAAGAUGGAGUCAAGGUUGGUUCGAAGCAGAGUAUAAUCUUUAAAGCCAAGAUCAAUGGAAAGAAAGAUGAAAUAAACACCGGUUGGGUGAUGCAUGAGUUUCUUUUGAAUAAACCGGGUUUUCAAGAAGUGGUUCUCUGUAAAAUCCGGUUUAAACAGGAUAAGAACAAUGCUCAAUAUGCUCCAAGACUCGAACCUAUAGUGAUCGGAGAAACCGCUCUAGUGCCGCGUGAAGAAGAUAGUUUGGUUAAGAGAAAGGAGCAAGAAGAAGAAGAUUUCAAGACUCUCAUGAGUUCAAUUGAUUUCGAAGGUUUAGAACAAGACAUGGAUCUUCCUACGGAGUUUCAAGAACCAUGGUUUGGGUCUUGUUCUAGUGGAGCUGUCUCUUACUCGGCUGCUCAACAUCAACAGUGUAUGGGACAAGACUCAAGCUAUCUAAUGAAUGGAUGUAUUGAGCAACAACAAGACUUUGGUUCUUGUGGUCAGCAGCAAAACCAGAUUCUUGGACAGUUCUCUCUAAUGGAGCCGCAACAGCAUAAUGGUCAAGGUUUUGGAGAUAUGGCUCAUGAGUACCUAAACCAGAAUAUGGGUCAAGAGACGGAUUUAUGGCAAGUUCCAAUGAUGAAUCAAGCCUUGAAUGGGUAUAUUGGUCCAUACUCGGCUCAGCCAUAUUUGGGACAAGACAUGGCUCCAAUGACACAAGGCAUGAUGGUUCAUCAACAAGAACAAUGUUUGUCUGCUCAAUGUCAACAGUUGUCAAUAAAUGGAGGUAUGGAGCAACGUCAAGACUCUGGUUCUUGUGGUCAGUUUGUGGGAGAAUCUUUAGGUCAACAACAAAACCAGUUUUUUGGACAACAAGCCACCAUUCUCUCACCAUUGGAGCAGCAACAAUGGAAUGGGUACUCUGGUCCAUACUUGGCUCAACCAUAUGAUCAAGGCAUGGUUCCAGUGACGCAAGGCAUGAUGGACCGUCAAGAAUUUGGCUCUUCCUCUCUAUGUUUGGCUCAAAACGAUCAUUAUUUUGGACAGAACAAUGAUCUCUCAGUGGUUCCUAUGGAGACUCAACAAGGCAUAGAACCGCAACAACAUGAUAGUAGCUGUUUUAAUCACAAUGUUGUUGAAGAUCUAGCUGCUCGGAAACAACAUUUGGGACAAGAGUCAAACUUGUUGUUGACUCAACAACAACCUAAUGACCAAAACCAGCUUUGGGGACAAAAUAUGAAUCAAGCCUUGGAAGAGCAGCAUUGUGGUCAGGUUGUUCCAGAGUCGGCUCAGCCAUAUUUAGGACAAAACAUUGAUCUCCCAAAGCUUCCUAUGGAGACUCAACAAAAGGACAAUAUCGUCGAAAACUUGCCUGCUCAACUACAACUUGAGACAAAUCAAGAUACGGUUCUUCCAAUCAACCAAAGCAUCGAUGAACCACGUGAAGGCCAUUGUGACUCUUCCACUCUCAACCAACAAUCUUUUGACGACGACGAAAUUGGUUUUACUAAUCACGAGUUUGAUUCAAUGAUAGCUAACUUAAGAAACGAAGAAUGGGCUCAAAAGCUUGGAGUGAACACACCUGAAGAAGAAGCUGAAUUAAUGGAUUCACUCCAAAACUGCAAUACUUCUCAGGCUCUCUUAAACUUCUUCUGUCCAAUAUAG